AUGAAUAUAGAGAUACCACAGAAACAGUUCACUAAGGAAGAAAUUAAUAGAUGUUAUAUUAGGUGGCAACAACUACGUAAUGAGCAUGGCGAAAACGCGCCCAAUGUUCCAGAAUUUAUAUUUUUAACAAAGACUUUGCAGGUAGCUGCUAGGCAACAACAGGAAUUACAACAGAGAAAUAAUUUGAAUAAUAAUUCUGGAAACCCUGAUAAUAAUAAUAGUAAUAGUAGUAGUAAUCGUAAUAAUGGAAGUGUCAUGGAUAACAACAAAAUCAAUAAGAUUCCUAGCGCCACUAGUGGUAUGAAUCCUGAUGGCCAAUACAUCAAUUCUAAUUUAUCGCAAACAGUUAAUAUACGAAGUAAUAGAAAUGAUAAUGUUGUUACUAGUCCAGCUGAAAGAAAUGUUGAUGUUCAGAUGAAUGCAAAUGAUAUUUAUAGAACUGCAUCUAAUCUAUCUAAUAAUAUCCUAAAUACACCGAAUUAUGUACCUCAAACUAAAACUUUAUCUUUAGAUGAAGCAGUUUCUCCAAAAACUAAUUCCGGGAAUACAACAUUGAGAAAUAUGCCUAAGGAUUCUAUAUAUGGUCACGUUCAAGAUAAUAAUAAUAAUAAUAAUAAUAAUAAUAAUAAUCCCCCAGACUAA